CACGGACCCGCAGUUGUGAACCUGCUCCUCCAGCCUACCGGUGACAGAAGCAACAGGAUCACCGCAGCGGGAUUGAUGAGCGCCAUAUUGCGCCAGUCUGAGACAGAGGAGAGAGGGCAAUCUGCUGCUGUGGGCUUCGGACAGUCGUCUCAUCUCUAACCCUCUUCAGUUCAGGAGGACACACGGAGCACAGGUCUCUUCUUUGGAAACACUUUUUAUUUUAACAGCUCCUCGCACAGAGCAAGGAAAAGAACAGAAAAAUGCCCAAAGCGGUCAAUGUUCGCGUCACCACCAUGGACGCUGAGCUGGAGUUUGCCAUCCAGCCCAGCACCACCGGCAAGCAGCUGUUUGACCAGGUGGUGAAAACCAUCGGCUUACGUGAAGUCUGGUACUUCGGACUUCAGUAUAUGGAUGGCAAAGGUUACUACACUUGGCUAAAACUGGACAAAAAGGUGUCGUCCCAGGACGUGAAGAAGGAGAACCCGCUGCAGUUCAAGUUUCGGGCCAAAUUCUUCCCAGAGGAUGUGUCUGAGGAGCUGAUCCAGGACAUCACCCAGAAGCUUUUCUUCCUGCAGGUGAAGGAGGGAAUCCUGAGCGACGAGGUUUACUGUCCACCAGAGACAGCCGUGCUGCUCGCCUCCUACUCGGUUCAGGCCAAAUUUGGAGACUACACCAAAGAAAUCCACCAGCCUGGAUACCUGCUGUCUGAGCGCCUGCUGCCACACAGAGUCCAGGAGCAGCACAAGUUAUCCAGAGAGCAGUGGGAGGAGAGGAUUCAGGUGUGGCACGAGGAGCACCGUGGGAUGUUGAAGGAGGAUGCUAUGCUGGAGUACCUGAAGAUCGGCCAAGACCUGGAAAUGUACGGAGUUAACUACUUUGACAUCAAGAACAAGAAAGGAACAGAGCUGUGGCUGGGAGUGGACGCCCUCGGACUGAACAUUUAUGAGAAGGACGACAAACUGACCCCAAAGAUUGGCUUCCCCUGGAGUGAGAUCAGAAACAUUUCCUUCAACGAUAAGAAGUUCAUCAUCAAGCCAAUUGACAAAAAAUCUCCGGACUUUGUGUUUUAUGCAGCAAGACUGAGGAUAAAUAAGCGCAUCCUGCAGCUGUGCAUGGGAAACCACGAGCUGUACAUGCGUCGCCGCAAGCCAGACACGAUCGAGGUGCAGCAGAUGAAGGCCCAGGCCCGAGAGGAGAAGCAACAGAAACAGUUGGAGAAGGCCCAGCUGGAGAAAGAGAAGAAGAAGAGAGAGGCCAUCGAGAAAGAGAAGGAGCAGAUGGAGCGAGAGAAGCAGGACCUGAUGAUGAGGCUCUACCAGUUUGAGGAGAAGACCAAGAAGGCAGAGAAAGAUCUGCAUGACCAGCUCCAGAGAGCCACGAUGCUGGAGCAGGAGAGAAGGAGAGCUGAGGAGGAGGCAGCUCGUCUGGAGUCCGAGCGCCAGGCGGCUCUGCUGGCCAAAGAGGAGCUGGCCCGCCAUGCUGAGGACCAGCUGAAGAGUCAGGAGCAGCUGGCUGCAGAGCUGGCAGAGCACACAGCCAAGAUCAGCCUGCUGGAGGAGGCCAAGAGACGCAAGGAGGAGGAGGCCGACUCUUGGGAGCUCAGGGCCAAGGAGGCCCAGAACGAUCUGAUAAAAACCAAGGAGGAGCUGCACAUGGUGAUGACGGCGCCCCCUCCACCUCCACCUCCCCCCAUGUACGAACCCAUGGACGACAACAGCGACAGCGAGGAGAACCUCAGCACACACAGCGCCGACCUGCAGUCUGAAGGAUUCAACGACCACCGCUACGAGGAGGAUCGCCUGACCGAGGCCGAGAAGAACGAGCGCGUCCAGAAACAGCUGAAGGCCCUGACCUCAGAGCUGGCUCAUGCGCGUGAUGAAUCCAAGAACACCCAGAACGACCUCCUUCACAGUGAGAAUGUCCGGGCCGGCCGAGACAAAUACAAGACGCUGCGACAGAUCAGGCAGGGCAACACCAAGCAGAGGAUCGAUGAGUUUGAGGCCUUAUAAAAAAGCCCCAACCCUUUCUGAAUGGUCACUACAUCCCAGCCGUCACAAACGGACACACACACACAAACACGCUUAAACUCAUGUUUAACACACAUCAGUUGCAGACUAAACUGGAGCAGUAUAAGAAUCACUUACAGAGAGAGACACUCCUGUUUUGAGUGUGCCGAGCUUUGCAAAUCCCUCGAAGAAACCUUAGUGCCAAAACCUUUCUCCUCUUAGUGUUUCAGAUCUUAUUUGUGUAUUUGAUUGUGUCAUUUGAUCAAAUUCAGACCAAAUCAUUAUUGUUUUUAUCCAGAGGUGUGAUGAAGUAGUGGGACUAGCCAAAUUUUAUUAUUAUUACAUGAUGUGCACAAAUUAUAUGUAAUCAAAGCUUUUUCUUUUUGAUGUCUUCGUCGUGUAGGAAGAAAAGGACAGUUUGUCGUUUAUAGCGACCACUCAGAAAGGGGGACAACAGUAUAAGCAGGAAAAUGUAUGUCUGGUUUUUGUUUUACAGUGUAUUUGAACACUUCCAUUUAUGUUUAAUAUUGCUAUACAGUAGUUUAAAAUCAUCCCUAGUUUGAUAGUUAUGCUGUAUAUGGGACAUUGAAAAGGGUAUUUCAUCUUGGUUUGUAUAUUUUUGCUAUCUACUAAUGAUAACAUUUAAUAUGUUUUGAAGAUUUUAUAUAUUCACCAAAAUAAUAGCUGUCUUAUGUUUUCCUUUAGAUCACUAAAUUAAAGAGAUUUAACUGUAAAUUAUUAUUAUUUUUUACUUUAGGAAAUAUCCAGCUGCAUGUCAUUAAAUCAGUUAAAGAGAUUGCUAUCCAUCUAGGUACUUUUGAUUAGCUUUUUUAUUUUUUAUUUGCCGUGCAGUUCACAGCAUGCUGAGGGAUGUAUUUAUCCUCAAAGUCGCUGUGUUUACUGGGACACUUAGGUUUGAUAUAUUUUAUUUUCUCUGUGUCAUGUUGCUGCUGGGUGAAAGAUGGGCAUGUGUUGUGUGCUUUUAGCCUUCUAAGUGGCCUUUCUCUCUGGCUGUUCCUCUGCAGGGAUUAAUGCCAGACAGUCGGUUUUCACUUCGUAGCAAAGGUGCUUAGCCACAAAAUAUAUGGAAGCCUUUAGUUCAGGGGUGUCAAACUCAUCCUUGUUCAUGGGCCACAUUAAGCCAAGAUUGAGCUCCAGUGGGCUGGACCAGUGUAACCCUUGCAUAAUAUCCUACAAAUAAGAACAACUCAACAUUUCUCUUUCUUUUAGUGUAAAAAAGUAAAAGUACAUUGUGAAAACGUCCCCCGUUAAUGAUAAAUCUAUUUACAAACCGGCCUGGGAUUUAUUGCUGAUCCCCAGUCUACGACUAAAAACAGACUGCUGUUUCCUCAAACCUGCCAACAGUUCAUAUGUUUUGUAUUUUCACCAUUGUGAAAUAGUUUUGCCAAAUAUAUAUAUAUAUAUAUAUAUAUAUAUAUAUAUAUAUAUAUAUAUAAGUGCAAACCAACACCAAGCACAAUGGCUUCCCAUUUACCUCUAUGUUAUUAGGAACUUUUCCAUUUUUCUUUUAAAACCCGAUACCCUGUGUUCACCUUUUUCCUUUAUGACAAAGACAUUUUUCACCCGGAGGCCUGCUUGAACAGUAAUCGACAUUUGACGGUGUUGUUUCAUGUAUCCACUACGUACAGUAAGCUCGUGGGAUCUAUAAUAGGGUAUCCAGCAUAGGGUCUGCUACUCUCGUUAGGACAGCACAACCGCGGUCGACAAAUAGGAAUAGUAUUGCAUUUUAUGAUAAGUGUGAAAAUUACAGAGAAGUAAUUUAUUUGAAUUUUUAAAGUCAUCCUGUGGGCCAGAUUGGACCCUUUGGCAGGCUAAUUCUGGUCCCCAUGCCGUAUGUUUGACACCCCUGCUUUAGUUCUUUUAUUGUUACACCUAAUGGGGGGUUUAAGGGUGAACAUUGCAAAGAGCUUUCAUUUUGCAGCUCGUUCACGAUGCACUGACCCUUACAUUACCACACCAACACUCUCCUCUCUGUGGACAUGGACUAGAGUAGCAUCUACUGAACAUGUAAUGGAAACACUCAGCUCUGCUGGCCUUUGUAUAUGAACAGGGUUUUAUAAUGAGGUGUUCAACAUAUUGGCAAUAAAGAAAAAUCUAUGAUUAUACAUCAGUGUGUUUUUACUUUCUACUCUGUAUGACCAAGACACCGUUGUCCAGGUACUUGUUUUGAGUUUUGGGCUUUUUUGACCUCAUUUUUUUUUAUACUUGCUCAACACGCCUUUUUUCGAUAAACUAUUCUAUGACUUUUAGAAGAUAUAUUUUAGACUUGCUAUACUAUGACUUUUACUUUUACUUUUUUUCAAUGUACUAUACAAUGGCAUUUUCAUUACUUUUUCGACACAGUAUACCAUGACU